AAAAUGCCUAGAUCCAAACGUUCUAAGCUCGUUACUUUGGCCCAAACUGAUAAAAAGGGAAAGGAAAAUAAAACCCGUAUCUUUGACGAUGUUAGAUCUGCGUUGGAUGAAUUUCAAUUUGUCUGGGUCUUGCAACUAGAUGAUGUUCGUACCCCAGUCUUGCAAGAUAUUAGAUCUGACUGGUCAGGAUCGAAAUUAAUCUUGGGUAAGAGAAGAGUUUUGGAAAAGGCCUUGGGUGAUACUCCAGAAGAAGAAUACAAGGACAACUUGCACAAGUUAUCGAAGACUUGUACUGGUCUUCCAGGCCUACUCUUCACCAACGAAACUCCGGAGACUGUCCAAGCUUACUUCACUGCUUACAGCAAAGCAGACUAUUCGAGAGCCAAAUCAAAGGCACCAAUUGACUUCACAAUUCCAGAAGGUAUUGUGUAUUCCAGAGGUGGUCAAGUCCCAAUCGAAGAAGAUGUCCCAAUGUCCCAUUCUUUAGAGGAAACUUUGAGAAAUAAAUUGAAAGUUCCAACUAAGAUCAAGGCUGGUAAGAUAACUAUGAACGAACCAUAUGUUGUUUGCCAUAAGGGAGAAACUUUGGACGUUAGACAAGCAUUGAUAUUGAAGCAAUUCGGGGUUGCUGCUUCUGAAUUUAAGGUCAAUGUCGUUGCAUACUACAACAAUGAGAACUCCGAAGUUACCAAGUUGAACUAAACAAAGCCUUCUAUGGUUCAUCUCUGUCGAGAUCGAAAUUUUUUUGCAUCAUUUUGUUUUCCGAAAAACGUGUAUAAUACCAGUUCUCUAGAAUAUAUAAUAUUGUAUU